AUGGAGUCUCUUUUGAACCGUACCUUUCCCUCUUUUCAAGCAGCACAGGCUGCUUGUGAUACGGUCGCACGAACGAACGGCUAUGCCCUCAGUGUGGCGGCAAAGAAACCCAAUGCAGCCGAACCCUCCUACGUCUACCUUCGCUGCUCCAAGGGCCGGAAAUACGUAGACCGCGGCAAUGAGGCCAUCGCCAACCGCCGCAAGUCAAGCACACAGAUGACCGCAUGCCCCUUUCGUCUAAUCUUGAAGCUAGACCGGCUCCAGAUCAGCUGGGCAGUCUCAUGCCCUCGAGACUCCCACAACCACCCCUUUAUUGAGGAAAUGGCACAUGCCAAGUACAAGGGGGAGGUCAUAUCAACGCACCUCCAUGAGAUCAUCCAGCUAUACAAUAAUGGCUUAAGACCUGUUUCUAUUACAGCACAUCUUCGGGCACGCUCCCAGGAAGACCCUGCGUUAGCAGGCGUUACAGCCAAGCAGAUAAACAACGCCCUGGCCCGGCAUCGUCGAGAUCAGCUCGCUUGA